AUGUAUGUGCAAGUGCAUACGCUAAUUAUAAAAAAAAAAAAAAAAAAACAGUUUGAGGAAAUUACCCUUUAUGGUUUGAAAGGAGAGAAAGUGAAAAAGGCGCUGAAAAGAGAUGGACGCUUACUGAAAAGAGUGUUCCAAAUAAACUGUGCGCUCAUCGAUAAAAGCACUGAAGUAAGAACUGAAAUGCACAACUUAGUUGAUGAUCUUGAUGGUAAAACUGUCAAGAUCAAAAUGAUCAGUAAGUGUACUCAACCAGAAAGUCAACCUGAAAGCCUUGAAGAUGCAGAUGUGCUUCAGAGCGAAUCUCAGAAAUCUGACUCUGAGAUCCAAGUUGAAAACCAAGAUCCUCAGCAGCAGUCUACCACAAACCAGUCAGUGACUGACAACACAACAAAGGGAAAUUCAAAGCAAAGUGGCAUUCGACAGACAGAAAAAAUACCCAAUUCGAAAAAUCUAAAGCGUCACCUAUCUUCCCAGGUGACACAACGGGUGAAAGGGAUGAAAACUGGACUUCCAAAGCUUUCUAAUAUCCAGAAUCUCUUUCGUGUAGAGUACGGAAAGAGUGCUGAGACAUGCAGAGAGGUGAAAACAAUGAAGAAGCUGAUGGCUCUCAGUGAUUCUGUUUGUGCUGUGAGGAUAAAUGGGAAACCUGGAGGAAGUGGCUUUCUCCUUUUUGACAAGUUUGUCCUCACAAAUGGCCACGUAAUUAAAAACAUUUAUAAUGAGAGCACAAAGCAGUUCUCUGAGCCGAUGACUGUCCAUUUCGCUUUUGAGAGUCUGGACCACGGGGAUUCAGGAGCAAAGGUGGAGGAGGUUACAGGCUGGGAGUACUAUUGUGACAACUCAGGCCACAUGAAUGACUGGGCUUUGUUAGGGAUCAGUUCUGAUCAAGAACUACCGCGGUGUCUCUUAAAAAACUUUGGGUUCCUCCCCAGUAGUGGAGGAAUUUGCAUCAUUGGGCACCCCAAUGAUAGUGUAAAGAAGAUCGACCCAUGCUGGAUUAUUCCCACUGAUAACCGCAAACAAGUUGUACAGAACCAUUGCAAUGGAAACCUGGAUAGUGCUCUGCUAGACAGCGAGCAGUACGAGGAGUACAUUAAUAUUAUAACUCAUAAUUUUUUUGACCAUGUGUCACAAUCUGUUAAUGGUUUGAAACAGGUUCUCACUUACGAGACUUGCUUUUAUUCCGGCUCAUCUGGCGCUCCGGUCUUUGACGAGCACUGCAAUGUUGUUGCAGUGCAUACAGCAGGAUAUGAAUACAGAAACAGAAGGGGUGAAAGAAGCAGUGUCAUAGAGUUUGGCUAUCCUUUGUCCCUCAUCCUAGAACACAUCAUCAUCCAGAUGGUGGAAAAAGAAAGAUUUGAUGUGCUGAAGGAAUACCUGGCUUGCGAUUAUUCACAACACCAAAACAUAAUGAGCAAUUUGAAGAAAUUGGUUGAAGGCAGAAAUCUCACAUCAUUUCAAAAGGCAUUCAACAACUUGGUGCACACAAAUGAGGAACGUUUGAAGACGUUUUUUGGACUCUUACUUCAGAGAGAGGAACCUGUCCCUAUGGACACACUCUGAGUACAAACUGUACACAGAUAACUGUAGUUAGCAACAGUAUCCGACAUGUCUGUUUUCAUGGUCCAGGAUACUAGUUUUAUCAAACAGGGCAGGUAAUGGUGGGGAUAUCUAAAGCUAAACUUGGUGUAUUCAUUGUUUAAAGCAUCACUUUCAGUAAAAACGUGUUGCAUUAUUUUCU